AGCGAGUUCAUUGUUAUGUGCCUUGAUGGAAGAAGUGCAGCGGAAGCAGGACAGGAAGUUGGAUUAAGACCGAAUUUUAAACGUGGAGAUUUCCGAAAUACGUUCUGAGCCUUAAAAAUUGAGUUAUUUAUAGUUAUGAGCCAAAUUCGGAUUUAUUCAUCGGAUUGAUUAAAUAUUUUUGGAGUCCAGUGAAGUGAAGUAGUUUUGGUUCCAAACGUUUCAAAGUAUUACAGUGAAGUUUCAGUGCCUGAACUUUUUUACUUCCGGUUCACUGGACGCACCAUUUGUGUACUCAUUCGUGUUUGCAGUUCUUUCCUGUACUCUUCUCGGAAUCAAACGAGCUCUUUCAAAGUAUUCUCACCGGAUGCCUCAUAAUACGACUGACUGAAGGCUAACGCAAUCUGAACAAGCCAAAGAGUCGAGGCGUGGAAGAUGAGAUGAAAUCCAGGUCACGAUGAAAAACUGAAAAAUCAAACAAAAUGAGGUGUCCCACAGACGUCGCUGUAGAAGAUCUUCAACCUGAAAAGCACAAUCCCCUCCACGUUAAACAGGAGUCGGAGUCUAAGAUGCAGUACAUCAAACAGGAGGCGGAGCCAGAGACCCCCAGCAUUAAAGAAGAAGAACAGGAAGAUGAAAUCCCCAAGUUUCCAAUGACUGUCAGUGUGAAGAGUGAGGAAGAUGAAGGUCCAAACGAAGCGAGCGGAGCAGCGAAACCUUCGAGCAACAACUCCUUUCAGCACCUGACAACAGAAGGAGAUGGACUAUCGCAACCAGACGGGCUCUUCGCUCCGCUUUCAGGCAGCGACGACGUAACGUCACACUCUUCUGACACUGAUACUAAUGAGGAAGAUGUUGACUUUGACCAAAAUGCUUCGAAAUCCUUAAACAAGUCAUCAAGGAAAACGAACAAAAAAGAAUGCAAGGUUGGGAAACCUUUUCCCUGCUCACUUUGUGAUAAAAGAUUUUCUCGGAAAUCUCAUUUGGAAAUACAUAAGCGUUCGCACACUGGAGAAAAGCCUUUUGUCUGCACUUGUUGUGGUAAAAGAUUCAUCGAGAACAAAAGUUUAAAGAGGCAUGCAAGCAAACACACUGGAGAGAAGCCUUUCGCCUGCUCCAUAUGUGAGAAAAGAUUUCAUCAGAAGCAUGCAUUAACAAGACACAUGCAAACACACACUGCAGAGAAGCCUUACGCCUGCUCAUUAUGUGAGAAAAGAUUUGGUCGAAGGUAUCAGUUAACGAGACAUAUGCUUAUUACACACAUUACAGAAAAGCUUUUUGUCUGCACACGUUGUGGUAAAAGAUUUACCGAGAAGGAAGAAUUAAACAAACACACAAGCACGCACACUGAAGAGAAGCCUUUUGCCUGCACACUUUGUGAUAAAAAAUACUGGACGAAGGCAGGUUUAAACAUUCACACAAAAACACACACUGGAGAGAAGCCUUUCACCUGCACACUUUGCGAUAAAAGAUUUUCUCAGAAGGCUCAUUUAGAAAUACAUAAGCGCACACACACUGGAGAGAAGCCUUUCACCUGCACACUUUGCGAUAAAAGGUAUUCUCAGAAAAGUAAUUUAGAAAUACAUAAGCGCACACACACUACAGAGAAGCCUUUCACCUGCACACUUUGCGAUAAAAGAUUUUCUCAAAAAAUUAAUUUAGAAAAGCAUCAGAGUACGCACACAAGAGACAAGCCUUUGGUCUACAUGUGUUGUGGUAAAAGAUUCACCGUCAAGGAAAAUUUUACCAAACACACAAGCACCCACAUUGGAGAAAGGCCUUUUCUCUGCACAGUUUGCGGUCAACGAUUCAACCAUAAGGGAAAUUUAAAUAAACACAUAAGCACACACACCGGAGAAAAGCCUUUUCCCUGCUCACUUUGUGGUAAAAGAUUCCGUCAGAAGACAGAUUUAGAAAAGCAUAAGCCUACACACACUGGAGAGAGGCCAUUCGCCUGCUCCGUUUGUGAGAAACGGUUUUCUAGGAAGGAUCGGUUAAAAAUACAUACAAGGAUACACACUGGGGAAAAGCCUUUUUCCUGCGCACUUUGUGGUUUAAGAUUCACUGAGAAGCGAAAUUUAGUAUCGCACGCAAGAAGCCACACUGGGUAAUUAUGAAACAAAAUAGUAUCUUAUUUGUGUAACGAACGAAUACUGGUAUCGUGAUUUACAAGAAUAUGCAGGGAAACGCAUUCCCCUGCCUAUCCUGCUUUUUGACCAAUGAGCUGAUGGAACAAUCGCAAUACCAAAUCCCUCUAAACUCAUUGGUCGUGCUACUGUCGCUUGCUAUGAUGAAAAUGGAAGACGACAAGCAGGUAGAGUGCCGAAGAUGACAGGAUUGAGUGAAAUCCUGAAUAAAAAUGAAUAAAAAGCAUGUUCAAAAUAAUGAA